AUGGCGCCUCAUCAUGGAGACCAGCUCACUCUUCACCCCAGUGAAGACUCGGGCUUCGGUGCUAUUCACGUUGAAGACAUAGCCGCCCCCGCUACCAAGACCCAAAAGUAUCAGCCUUCCAAGGGGGAGCAGCCACCACCCAAGGCGGACAAUGAAUAUGGAGUUGACCAUAAGAUUGCUAUUGAGACCAGGAGUGACUCGGACAUUAUCGUGGAACAGUCUGUUCGGCCAACCCUCCUCUGGAGCCGGAUCAGACGCAUCCACAAGGAGGCCUUCUCAGAGUUCCUCGGCACAUUCGUUCUGAUACUGUUCGGCGAUGGCGUCGUAGCCCAGGUGGUUCUCUCCAGCGGUGAGAAGGGCGAUUACCAGUCCAUCUCCUGGGGAUGGGGCCUCGGCGUAAUGCUCGGUGUAUAUUGCUCAGGCUACUCGGGAGGCCACAUCAACCCAGCCGUGACCUUCGCCAACUGCGUCUUCCGCAAGUUCCCGUGGAAGAAGUUCCCCAUCUACACGGUCGCGCAGGUCCUCGGCGCCAUGUGCGCCUCGGCCGUUGUCUACGGGAAUUACAUCUCGGCCAUCGACAACUAUGAGGGCUAUGGCGUGCGCACCGUGCCGGGCUACUCCAACACUUCCAGCGCAGGCAUCUUUUGUACUUAUCCUGCAGAAUUCAUGACCAGGACCGGCAUGUUCUUCUCCGAGUUCAUCGCCUCGGCCAUCUUGAUGCUCGUCAUCUUCGCCCUCAAGGACGACGACAACAUCGGCGCCGGCCCGCUCACGCCGCUCGCCUUGUUCUUCCUCAUCUUCGGCAUUGGUGCUUGCUUCGGCUGGGAAACCGGCUACGCCAUCAACCUCGCGCGUGACUUCGGUCCGCGCCUGAUGUCCUACAUGCUCGGCUACGGGCCCAACGUGUGGAGAGCAGGGAAUUAUUAUUUCUGGAUACCCAUGGUUGCACCCUUCUUCGGCACAACUUUCGGCGGCUUCCUCUACGACCUCCUCCUCAACGACGGCGACAGCCCUGUCAACACACCUUGGAUCGGCUUGAAGAGGCUCGUACCUGGCGCUCUAGGGAGGAGUCCCCGGGGCAGCGUGAGUCCUGUGUAA